CAGUUAUCACACGUUUUCUCACCUGUUUUCAAUUUUUCUUUUUCUACAUGUCUUCGGACUCGUAUCCUGCAAGCAAAAUAACCCUGGUCGAUAUCUAGACAACGUACGAGUUAGCUUCGCUUAGAGUCAUGGAGCCGGCAUCGUACAAUAGAGUCUGAGCUUGGUACUAUCUUCAUAAUAGCCAUGAGGUCACAUAUCAAAGACUUAGCUCGAAAGGGCAAGGAGACGUUGCGGGCUACUGCGGGUAGGCCAGAGUCAAUGCAAGUAAGCGAGGACCAGGUAUCCUCUGAAUAUUCAUCGAAUACUACCACUGUUGCACCAUCCUCGUAUACUAAUCUCUCAAAAACACCCCAAGCAACAGAAAACCCAACAAAGGCAGAUCUUCCUGACAGAACGAAGGAUGUUUUUAAUCGAAGCACCGUUCCAGAUGUAUCAGAGCCUACUAAACCAUAUAACUCAGCUGCUAUAUGGGCGGAAGCAUACGAGAAGGCCAAAGAAGAUCCAGAUAAUUUCAAGCUUGUUACAAACAUGGAGCUUUACCUCACUACCAAGACGGACGCAGAUGAUGGCACAAAUAAUGAUCUGACCACUGGCUAUGACAUGGGUCGACUGAAGCUUGUCCAAGAGAUCGCCGAAGACAAGCUUGAGGAUAUUCCAGGUGCACGACUAUCUUUCCAGAUCCGCGACAGACCCAUCGUUGUUCGACAAGGCGUUGUCAAGGCAAUUCGAGUAGUCAAUGCAUUCAAGCCUAUUAUCAGUGGAGCCGUCGCAGCUGAGCCGCAUGCUGCUCUGGCUUGGGCUGGUAUAUCAACAGUUUUGCCAAUCCUGGAAAACGUCUUUCAACAGGACGAAGACGCGGCUAACGGGCUCAUCAACAUCAUUUUUCUUAUGAUUCGAUACCAACAACUCUAUGAGCCCGGUUUUGCUUCUGAGUUCACAGACUCUGGUCACCACUCCGAGUCAACUCGUCAACUACUCUCUCGCAUAAGGACCGAACUAAUUGAUAUUUAUGCCCAGGUUUAUCUGUAUCAGGCGCGUUUCGUACUUCAGUAUGCGACACGAGGAAGAGCCCACCGUGCUCUGAGGAAUGCUCUGGGUGCAGAUGGUUGGAAGGAGCUAUGGAAGAGCAUAGAGACUACAAGUCAACGUAUCGACCAAGCUGUGCACGAUCGAAUUGGCACUCGAACUCUCGAUAUGUGGCGAGAGGUCAAUGACAUCAGUGUAAAUGUCCAGAAGAUUGAGACGUUGCAACAAGAAAUCCUGGAAUCACUAAAGGAAAUUGAUCAGCGACAGCUUCUCCAAUCGCUGAACGUGACGGCAGACGCCACUUUUGAUUCCCGCAAGACUUGGAGCGUGGAAGUCCCUUGCCUGCCAGGAACUCAGCAACGCAUCCUCAAAGAGAUCCAAGAUUGGACAGAAAACUCUGACAGCAAGCCUAUCCUCUGGCUCGAAGGAAUGGCUGGUACGGGCAAAACGUCUAUUUCCUUGACAGUUGCCCAAGCGCUUCACGAGAGGCAGUCUUUUACCAAUGGGACUCCCAAACCUAACUCGGCUUUCCUUGGGGCGACCUUUUUCUUCAAACAAGGUGAUGUUACUAGGAAUAACACCUCCGAGUUCUUCACGACAAUCGCUCAGUGCUUGGCUAGUAGUCUGCCAGAUCUCAAGAUACACAUCGCUGAUGCUAUCGACAACAACUCGGGAAUUGAAACCAAAGGGCCUCGACAGCAGUUGAAGGAACUGAUCCUGGGACCUCUCUCACUCUUGGAUGAAAAGGCUUUCGUGCCCUUGCGUCCAAUAGUUGUCGUCGAUGCCCUUGAUGAAUGUGUUGACAAGGAUGCUGAGGCACUACUGGGCAUGCUGGGCAACAUUGGCGACCUUGGGCAAGUACAGCUACGGUUUCUGUUUACUAGCAGAGGUAAAGCGCACAUCUCUCGUGGUUUCAGAUCUCUUCCAGAUGACCUGUAUUGUCCGAUGACUCUUGAGAAGAUCGAGUCGACCAGCGAAGAGCAGCAACCAAACGACAUCUCACUAUACAUAUCCCAUACCAUGGGCGAAAUCGCCAAGAAGAAUGGUGUGCACGCGGACUGGAUCUCACAAGCUGAAAUUAGACGACUCACUGACAAGGCCAAUGGCCUAUUCAUUUACGCGGCCACAGCGUGUCGCUUCUUGGACUCCGAUUACUUCACCGAUCAGGGAUAUCGAGACGAGCAGCUUGAGUUGAUUUUCAACGAUGAGUGGGAGACGGAGGGUCCUCAGCAGACUCUGGACAGCAUCUACACUAAGGUUCUGGAAUUCGCGGACAUGAAGACCUCGCACAAGAGUCUGAGGGACAGGGUGUACUCUUCCAUCAGCAAGAUUCUCGGCUUCAUUGCUGUUCUCUUCAGACCGGUGUCUGUGGUUACACUGAGCGAGUUACUCCCCAUGAAGAGGGACCAGCUCAACGGGAUCUUGAAGCAACUCCAUUCCAUCGUCAGCGUGCCAGUCGAUGAGACUUCUCCCAUCGUUAUUGUUCACCUCUCAUUCCGUGAUUUUAUCCUCAGCGAGCAGAGAUCUCGAGGUCUGCCAUUCCGCGUUGAAGACGUUCCGAUGCAUCGGGAACUUCUCGACCGUUGCCUCCAAACUAUGUCAUCGAGUCUUCGUCAGGACAUCUGCGACCUUUCCUUACCGGGAGCACUAGCCUCUGAGGUAUCUUCGAGUCAGAUCGAAACAUGCAUUCCGCCAUAUAUGCGAUAUGGAUGUCAAUAUUGGGUUGAUCAUUUGGCCAAAAUCUGCGAAAAUCACACCUACACAAUCGAAUCAUUCAAUGUUGGACAAGUCGACCUGUUUCUCCAGGAGAAAUUUCUAUUUUGGCUAGAAGUCAUGUCACUCAUCAAGGAGGUAUCAUCAGUCAUUCCAAUCAUCAACAAGUUACAAAAUCUGAUCAAGCCUUUCGACCAAGUUGUUUUAUCUGACUUUGUGUACGAUGCUAAGCGUUUUAUUCAAAGCAAUAGAUGGAUUCUCGAGAAAAGGCCGCUGCAAAUCUACUGCUCUGCUCUCUUGUUCAGCCCAAAAAAAAGCGUGGUUCGCACCCAAUUUGAGCAUCUGAUCCCUGAAUGGAUUCUCAAGAAACCCGAUACUGUAGACGACUGGGAUCUGGAGGUCCUUACCCUCCGAGGCCACGAAGAACACAUCAUAUCAAUUGCAUUUUCUCCGGCGCAUGAUCUCAUUGCAUCAGCAUCGUUCGACAACACAACCAGGAUUUGGGACUAUGUCACUGGGUCUGAGCGACAUGUUUUCCAAGAGCCCGAACAGGUUCUCUCUGUCGCCUUUUCAAGCGACGGCAUGAAAGUUGCAGUUGGGGGUUAUGGUGGACUAUUACGCGUAAGGGAUCACGAAAGAGCUACUCAAAACGAUCUGGGGUGCUCCUCCAAAGUUCGAGAGAUAGCGUUUUCGCCUACAUCCAACAACAUCUUGGCAUCAUUAUCUGAUGGCGGCAAGCUUCAGAUAUGGAACGUUGACGAUAUGCAGCUACUUUUCACACAUGAUGCUGGAACAGAAGAUCCUGAAGCUUAUGUAGAAGGCCUUUCCUUCUCAUCUGAUGGUCAGUUCGUCGCAACAGGCUCAGAAAGCGGGCUUGUGACUUUGUGGAAGUUGGAUGAAGCAGAGCCAGCAGCGACAGUUCAUACCGGCGGCAAGACCCACGGAAUCGCAUUCUCCCAGGACUCUGGGAUCAUGGCAGUGGGACAUGAUCUCCCUACUAGACCCCCGGAUUGGGCUGAUUUUUGGGACCCACAAACUAUUGAUUUUUGGCAUGUUACUUCACCGAAGCCAAAACUGCUCAGGACGUUCCCAAUUCUGGGAACUACCUCUGGACUUUGCUUUUUGCCACCGGAUGGGCAGAUACUGAGCUACAAAGACAGUGGCGAGGGUAUAGUAUUGCAGAAAUGGGCUACUGGAGAUGGAAUGAUUAACUUUUGCCCUGCAUCGAACCUAGGUUCUUCAUACACGGCAUGGUCUCGCGACGGUACUUUGCUUGCAAUGGUUGACAAUAUUGAUUGGGUGAUUCGUCUAUAUGCCACUCCCACUGAUUCAAAGGAAUUAGAGGAAGCACUUCCAACAAGCAGCGUUGAGUUCUUGUCUGAUGACAGGGCAGUGACUUACUCUGUGAAAAGCCCGACAAAGAGAUGGAAAUUGGUAGACGGGUCUGUGGAAACGGUGUGCGGGCCUGUCGAAAGUAUUCAACAUUCCCCAGAUCGACAACUUAUCCUUCUACGAUUGAACAGUGGUCACGAAUUUCAGAUCUGGGAUAGCAACAUGGGCUGUUGCCUACAGACCUUCCAAGACAUGGUUGGUAUGGAUUUCGUUCCCGGCAGGAACUGUAUAGCGUCGCUAUCCGUUUCCGGUGAAAUUAGGUUGCUCGACACUGUGAGCUUCGAGGAAACCUUCAAGGUCCAACUAAACGACGUGACUCUCCCUCGACGCUCAAAAAUAAAAGAUGGCAGUGUAGCAACUGUACGUCUCUCGCCGGAUGGUCAGUUAGCUGUCCUGCAUUUCGACAAAGGCUCUCGUGCUGGAUGGGGAAGUCCAUGCCAGUUAUGGGACCUUACCAAGAAUGAAGAGCUGGCACUGGUUUUGGUAGACAUGGUUUAUGCCGUCACCUUUUCUUCCGAGGGUAAUCUCGUCACCGUCGACGCGUUAAAGCUUUGCCCGUGUACGUAUAUAUUCGACACGGCCACUGGGGAGACUCUGCAGCAUUUAGAAUGGAUGAACGGUCUGACGUUCCAUCCUUCGGCGAAUAUGUUUGCUCUCAUAGCAAGUGACACAAAUAUUGCAGUUUGGGAAACGGCACCCUUACACGAGCAAUUUCGACUUGAGACCGAUCAAAAUGUGGAGAAGCUGGCUAUCUCGCCUACUGGUAAACUUGCGGCGGUGCUACCAAAUGAGGGCGGUGCUACUUCCAUGGUUCACUUGUGGGACUUGUCGACUCGGCAAAUGUUGGGGAAGUGGGAGAUUAACGGCGGACUUUCUUCUCUUUGGUUUCCGACCAAAGGGAACUUCUUGGGGUCAAAUAGGGGACGUCUUCCUCUACCAGUUGCCCCUAUUGAGGUUGGAGAGGAGAUGAUAGAACAGGAUCUACAAAGUUGUUUCUAUAUCUUAAACGGAUGGGUUUUUCAGGGGAGGGAGCGGCUUAUAUGGCUCCCACAGUCAUAUCAGGUUCUUGAUGAGGAUCGAGUUGAUGUAAGUCAAGUUGAUGUGAGAGGCAAUACAAUUGCCUUUGCUCACAGCGGAGACUCGCUCAAGUUUAUCCAGAUUGAUCUUGACAACACGCCAGUUGCAAAGAGUUACAAGAGAAAGCUAUGAUAGAUUUUAGUUCCGGUACUCGUCUUAAGGUCGUUAAAAUGAAUACCAUGCCGAUUUCUAGUGACUAUGAUUAAUUGGCUAAGCGAUCAAAAUGACCAAGCAUCUUUAUUUAUGUCAUGUUGCCAUAUCGCUUAAAUCGAUCUAUGGAAGGCUUGAUUCUCU